AUGGGGCCUCAAAAUCAAAUUCCAUCACCAUCGUUUUUCAUAAUUAGUCGUGUAUCAUCUGAAAAUGAAACAUUUCACGGUGUGUCACCAUUUCUAGUUGAAAAGGCUAUAUCUGGGCAUAUCGGUGAAGCUAAAGCAAUAAGGAAAAUUCGCUCUGGCGAUUUACUUGUUGAAGUAGCCAAUAAGAAACAAGCUCAAAAAAUUUUGAAAAUUAAAUCUCUGUCAACGAUACCUGUCACUGUUAGUGCACACAGAUCUCUGAACUCUUCUAAAGGAGUUAUUACUUGUGGAGAGCUGUAUAAUGAGGAGACUGACGAAAUUUUAAAAGAAUUACGAAACCAAGGCGUUACGGAAGUCCGGCGAAUAACAAUUAAAAGGAAUGGUAAUGUUAUGAAGACCAAACACCUUAUUCUGACAUUCCACUUUCCAAAGACACCCGAAUUUAUUAAGACGGGUUACAUGCGAUUAGCUGUCAGACCAUACAUACCAAACCCACUUCGUUGCUUUCAGUGCCAGCGCAUAGGUCACUCCAAAGCUACUUGCCGAGGAGAGCAUAGCUCCUUUUCCCGCACUUGCCCUAUCUGGCAAUUAGAAAAGGAAGUACUCUCUGUCAAGGUUAAGAAUCAAAUAUCUUAUCCGGAAGCAAAAAGGAUUGUGAAAGCCCGUCUACCACCGGCUGGCAUUAGCUAUGCAAAAGCGGCAAAGGUAAUAACUCCUUUCACUCCUGGAAAUGCACAGGAUAAAUCGAGUGUAGGUAUUUCCCUUUCUAAUAAUCAGCUAACAACUGAAUUAGAUGCUUCAGAUGCUGGUUCACCACACAAGUUAAAACCAAAGAGGAAAAAAAUUUCAAAAUCACAGAAAUCACUGGCACUGAAACUUUCAAAAACAGGUCGUUCUUCUAAUGACAUUACCUUAGCUCUUUCUACCAAAAAAUCUCUUGCCUUAGAUAUGGCAAAAUCUGGCCUUGUUCGUAAGGACCUAACUUCCUUAUUCGGUGGUCAGCCGAAGAGUCCGGAAUUAUUGCGACUCCAUCCCUCCGAGGAGGAAGAUGAUUUUCAGAUGAGUUGUGAUGGUUCUGCAACUCCGCCUACGAAUGAUAAUACAAAUUCCACAAAUAAUUCUUAA